AUCCUUGCGCGCGGAGUGGGCGGGGCGCUGGCUGAGGGUGAAGCUGUGUCUCCGGAUUGCAGAAGCUCUUCACCCGUUUCCGCCAUUGCGGCUCCUGACCGAGAGGCACCCAGUAAACAGCACCCCGGGGACACCAUAGCAACCGACCGAGCGAGCGCAGCCGCCAUCUUUAUUCGAGCCUAGAGCGAGCGAGGCAGCCGGCCGGCAAGAGCUGACAGAGGGAGAGGCAGCAACAGCAGCGAGAGGCAGGAGACAGCAACCGCCAUGGCUCAGAUCCUUCCCAUCCGCUUCCAGGAGCACCUGCAGCUCCAAAAUCUGGGUAUUAAUCCAGCCAACAUUGGAUUCAGCACUCUGACCAUGGAGUCUGACAAAUUCAUUUGUAUCAGGGAGAAAGUAGGAGAACAGGCCCAGGUGGUGAUCAUUGACAUGAAUGACCCUACCAACCCUAUCCGCAGGCCCAUUUCAGCUGACAAUGCUAUCAUGAAUCCAGCCAGCAAGGUCAUUGCUCUGAAAGCUGGGAAAACCCUUCAGAUUUUUAACAUCGAAAUGAAAAGUAAAAUGAAAGCGCACACCAUGACGGAAGAUGUCACUUUUUGGAAAUGGAUAUCUUUGAACACUGUUGCCCUGGUUACUGACAACGCUGUUUAUCACUGGAGCAUGGAGGGAGAGUCUCAACCUGUUAAGAUGUUUGACCGCCAUUCCAGCUUAGCUGGCUGCCAGAUUAUUAAUUAUCGAACAGAUGCAAAGCAGAAAUGGCUGCUUCUGACUGGAAUAUCUGCCCAGCAAAAUCGGGUGGUUGGAGCUAUGCAGCUGUAUUCUGUGGACAGGAAGGUUUCACAGCCUAUUGAGGGACAUGCGGCCAGCUUUGCUCAAUUUAAAAUGGAAGGGAAUGCAGAGGAAUCCACUCUGUUUUGUUUUGCAGUGAGAGGACAAGCUGGUGGAAAGUUGCAUAUCAUAGAAGUUGGGACACCACCAACAGGGAAUCAGCCGUUUCCAAAGAAAGCUGUAGAUGUCUUCUUUCCUCCAGAAGCUCAGAAUGAUUUCCCUGUAGCAAUGCAGAUAAGUGGAAAGCAUGAUGUAGUAUUCUUGAUAACAAAAUAUGGGUACAUUCAUCUCUAUGACCUUGAAACUGGCACUUGCAUCUACAUGAAUCGGAUCAGUGGGGAGACCAUCUUUGUUACUGCCCCCCAUGAAGCCACUGCUGGAAUUAUUGGUGUGAAUAGAAAGGGUCAGGUUCUCUCUGUGUGCGUUGAAGAAGAGAACAUCAUACCAUAUAUUACAAAUGUUCUUCAAAACCCUGAUUUGGCUCUUCGUAUGGCUGUUCGUAACAACCUUGCUGGAGCUGAAGAGCUCUUUGCUCGCAAAUUCAACACACUCUUUGCACAAGGAAAUUUCUCAGAGGCAGCAAAGGUAGCUGCAAAUGCACCAAAGGGAAUUUUGCGUACACCAGACACCAUAAGGCGAUUUCAAAGUGUUCCUGCACAACCAGGUCAAACAUCUCCACUACUGCAGUAUUUUGGCAUCCUCUUAGACCAGGGUCAGCUGAAUAAAUAUGAAUCUCUGGAGCUCUGCAGGCCUGUGCUUCAGCAGGGUCGCAAGCAACUUCUAGAAAAAUGGCUAAAGGAAGAUAAGCUGGAGUGCUCUGAAGAAUUGGGAGAUCUUGUCAAGUCGGUGGACCCUACACUGGCCUUAAGUGUUUAUUUGAGGGCUAAUGUUCCCAACAAGGUUAUUCAGUGCUUUGCUGAAACUGGACAGGUUCAGAAGAUUGUACUGUAUGCUAAGAAGGUUGGUUACACACCUGAUUGGAUUUUCCUGCUGAGAAAUGUUAUGAGACUUAGUCCAGACCAAGGGCAGCAGUUUGCUCAGAUGUUGGUCCAGGACGAGGAGCCUCUUGCAGAUAUUACUCAGAUUGUUGAUGUCUUUAUGGAAUACAACCUUAUUCAGCAAUGUACAGCUUUCUUACUUGAUGCCUUGAAAAACAACCGUCCAACUGAGGGACCUUUGCAGACACGUCUGCUUGAGAUGAACCUUAUGCAUGCACCUCAGGUUGCAGAUGCUAUUUUGGGCAAUCAGAUGUUUACACAUUAUGAUCGUGCUCACAUUGCCCAACUUUGUGAAAAGGCUGGCCUUCUUCAGAGAGCUCUGGAACAUUUUACAGAUCUGUAUGAUAUUAAACGUGCAGUUGUCCACACUCAUCUCCUCAAUCCAGAGUGGCUUGUCAAUUAUUUUGGUUCAUUAUCAGUUGAGGACUCUCUUGAAUGUCUUCGUGCAAUGCUUUCUGCAAACAUCCGGCAGAACCUGCAGAUAUGUGUCCAAGUUGCCUCCAAAUACCAUGAACAACUCUCCACACAGUCUCUCAUUGAAUUGUUUGAAUCUUUCAAAAGUUUUGAAGGUCUGUUUUACUUCCUGGGAUCAAUUGUAAACUUCAGUCAGGAUCCAGAUGUACAUUUCAAGUAUAUCCAAGCAGCCUGCAAAACUGGCCAGAUCAAGGAAGUGGAAAGAAUCUGCAGGGAAAGUAACUGUUAUGACCCAGAGAGGGUGAAAAACUUCCUGAAGGAAGCUAAGCUCACGGACCAGCUACCACUGAUAAUCGUAUGUGAUCGCUUUGACUUUGUCCAUGAUCUUGUGCUCUAUCUGUACAGAAACAAUCUUCAGAAAUACAUUGAGAUUUAUGUACAAAAGGUAAAUCCAAGUCGUUUGCCUGUGGUUAUCGGUGGCUUACUUGAUGUUGAUUGCUCUGAAGAUGUUAUCAAGAGCUUGAUUCUUGUUGUUAGAGGUCAAUUCUCCACUGAUGAACUUGUUGCCGAAGUUGAGAAAAGAAACAGGUUAAAAUUGCUUCUGCCAUGGCUGGAGUCAAGAAUCCAUGAGGGCUGUGAAGAGCCUGCAACCCACAAUGCAUUGGCUAAAAUCUACAUCGACAGCAACAAUAACCCAGAGCGCUUUCUUCGAGAGAACCCUUAUUAUGACAGUCGUGUGGUUGGAAAGUAUUGUGAGAAGAGAGAUCCCCAUCUUGCAUGUGUGGCAUAUGAAAGAGGGCAAUGUGACCUGGAACUGAUCAAUGUUUGCAAUGAAAAUUCGCUUUUUAAAAGUCUUUCACGCUACCUUGUACGUCGCAAAGAUCCUGAAUUGUGGGCUAGUGUCUUGUUAGAAAGCAAUCCCUACCGAAGGCCCUUGAUUGAUCAGGUUGUACAGACUGCAUUAUCUGAAACCCAGGAUCCAGAAGAAGUGUCUGUAACUGUAAAAGCCUUCAUGACUGCAGACCUUCCCAAUGAGCUGAUUGAACUGCUGGAGAAGAUAGUUUUGGAUAACUCUGUAUUCAGUGAGCAUAGAAACCUGCAGAACCUCCUGAUUUUGACUGCAAUUAAAGCUGACCGUACCAGAGUCAUGGAGUACAUCAACCGUCUGGAUAACUAUGAUGCCCCAGAUAUUGCAAACAUUGCCAUCAGUAACGAGUUAUAUGAGGAAGCUUUUGCCAUAUUCCGAAAAUUUGAUGUUAACACCUCUGCGGUGCAGGUUCUAAUUGAACACAUUGGUAACUUGGAUCGUGCAUAUGAAUUUGCUGAACGCUGCAAUGAACCAGCUGUCUGGAGCCAACUUGCUAAGGCCCAGCUCCAGAAAGGGAUGGUGAAAGAAGCCAUCGAUUCCUACAUUAAAGCAGAUGAUCCUUCUUCUUACAUGGAAGUUGUACAGGCUGCCAAUGCUAGCGGUAAUUGGGAAGAAUUGGUUAAGUACCUACAGAUGGCGAGAAAGAAGGCACGAGAAUCCUAUGUGGAAACUGAGCUAAUUUUUGCUCUUGCUAAAACCAACCGUCUCACAGAACUUGAGGAGUUUAUAAACGGACCAAACAAUGCUCACAUUCAACAAGUUGGUGACCGCUGCUAUGAUGAAAAAAUGUACGAUGCUGCUAAGCUUCUGUAUAACAACGUUUCAAAUUUUGGUCGUUUGGCAUCCACACUGGUUCACCUGGGAGAGUAUCAAGCUGCUGUUGAUGGUGCACGCAAGGCAAACAGUACACGCACUUGGAAAGAGGUUUGUUUUGCUUGUGUUGAUGGCAAAGAGUUCCGUCUGGCUCAGAUGUGCGGCCUCCACAUUGUGGUACAUGCAGAUGAACUGGAGGAGUUAAUAAAUUAUUACCAGGAUCGUGGGUAUUUUGAAGAACUUAUCACAAUGCUGGAAGCAGCUUUGGGUCUGGAACGUGCACAUAUGGGAAUGUUCACAGAAUUAGCAAUUCUUUAUUCCAAAUUCAAGCCACAAAAAAUGAGAGAGCAUUUGGAGCUGUUCUGGUCGCGAGUCAAUAUUCCUAAGGUGCUGAGAGCAGCAGAACAAGCUCAUCUAUGGGCAGAGUUGGUGUUCCUGUAUGAUAAAUAUGAAGAAUAUGAUAAUGCUAUUAUCACUAUGAUGAGUCACCCCACAGAUGCAUGGAAAGAAGGGCAAUUUAAAGAUAUCAUAACAAAGGUGGCCAAUGUAGAGCUGUAUUACAGAGCAAUUCAGUUUUACUUGGAAUUUAAACCGCUGCUGCUGAAUGAUCUCCUGAUGGUGCUGUCUCCAAGGCUAGACCAUACCCGUGCUGUCAACUUUUUCAGCAAGGUGAAACAGUUGCCUCUUGUUAAACCAUAUCUGCGUUCCGUUCAAAACCAUAACAACAAAUCUGUUAACGAGUCUCUAAAUAAUCUGUUCAUUACAGAAGAGGAUUACCAGGCACUUCGCACAUCCAUAGAUGCAUAUGACAACUUUGAUAAUAUUUCCCUUGCUCAACGUUUGGAGAAGCAUGAACUGAUUGAGUUUCGAAGAAUUGCUGCAUACCUUUUCAAGGGUAAUAAUCGCUGGAAACAAAGUGUGGAACUUUGCAAGAAAGACAGACUCUACAAGGAUGCUAUGCAGUAUGCCUCUGAAUCCAAAGAUACAGAGCUGGCAGAAGAACUUCUGCAAUGGUUUUUGGUGGAAGGGAAGAAGGAAUGUUUCGCUGCUUGUCUCUUUACCUGUUAUGACCUUCUCCGGCCAGACGUAGUAUUGGAAACUGCAUGGAGGCACAACAUCAUGGACUUCGCCAUGCCGUACUUCAUUCAGGUUAUGAGAGAGUAUCUAAGCAAGGUUGAUAAGCUAGAUGCAUCAGAAUCGCUAAGGAAAGAAGAAGAACAAGCAACAGAGACACAGCCCAUAGUUUAUGGCCAGCCACAGCUGAUGUUGACAGCAGGACCCAGUGUUCCAGUAGUACCUCCUCAAGCACCAUACGGCUACGGUUAUGCUGCACCUGCCUACGGACAGCCCCAACCUAGUUUUGGUUAUACCAUGUAAGAUAAUAGGGCUGCAACCUCUGAACCUGAGCUAUUUUCUUACUGAAUACCACCGUCCCUCUUCUGCCUCUCAACUCAUAACAGGGAAAGCUGCAGAGUUUGGCUCCGUGUUCUCAAACCUUUUCUUUCAUGAAGGACAAUUUUUUUUUUUUCUUCUACAUCAUUUUUGGAUCACACCUCCAUUCAUUUUAUUUUAUUUUUUUGUUUCACAUUCCAUAUUCUCUAGAAUUAAACUGUUUAUUUUGAUGGGAUUAGUUUUUGAAUGCUUGUGUAAGUGGGCUUUCUUUUAAUUUCAUUUUAUUUGGGGUUUUUGUUUUUGUUUUCCAAAGGACUGCUUUUUAAAAACCUCUUCAAUACCAGGGGCAUUGCAGAGCAAUGUGUGUCUGGCCCCCUGCUAUAGAAAAGGCUUGCGCUAACCACUGCACCCCCUACAGGAUCUGCAAUGCAUUACAAAUAAGUUUGGUAGACUCUGGCAGGAAAGGGGGUUUUCAAUGCUAGCAGUCUGUGAAGAAUCUGAUUUGCACUCUGUAGUGUUAGGAAAAAAACGUAAUAUUGACUCAGAAAUUGAUGUAUGUAAGCAGCUUAUGUACUGUCUUAUCUAAAUGCAUAUAAAUCUAAUUGUAUAUUCAGAAAAGAAAAAAAGUUUCUAUUCCACAUGCAAGACUGCCAAUGAGAAAAGAACACUAAUCUACAUAUUCUACACCACACUUGCUGUGCAGCUCUAUUUUAGCAACAGCCAAGACAUUCUUGCGUAAACGAAAAUCAAAAACGCCAGUCGUGUAAGGGAAUCUUCAUUUACGCAUAUAAAAUAUGCUAGUGUGUGUAGCUCACUCCAUAAUGAACAGAUGGCCCUAUAUUGUGCUGUACCCUGUGCUUUUAUUUUUUUGUGGGACCAUUUCAUUCAGGAACAAAGAAGGCACCAUGAUUCCAGUCUAUGUACUCUCCCCCCUUCUAUUCCCUGAGGUUUGUGUAUGUUGGAUAUUGUGGUGUUCUUAGGUCACUGUUUUGAGUGUACAGAGGAGAGAAUUUAAACAACAAAGAAAAAAAAAUGCUGUUCAGUUUUGUUUGUGCAAUUUGAAAUGACAGAUUUAAAAAGAAAACAAUGAAAUAAAAUUACUGGACUGUGGACAUAUUAUA